AUGAGUGAGAAUAUGGAAACGGAAAGUCUUUGGGACGAAACCAUUGAUGACAUUGCCUUGUCCCAAGCCACUAACGAGAUUGAGUGUGAGUAUUUAUUUGGAGAACUCAGUCUUAGUCAGUUGUCUGUGUUUGAUAUGGGCCAUUUAGAUCUGGGGGAAUCGCUUACAGUAGACAGCAUGAUUGACACGCUAGAGGACAACUUCGAAUGCGAACAAGAGGAAACAGCCAGGUUUGCUUUCGUGGAGGACCCUGACGUAUCAAAUCUUAUUACCUCUACAGAGAGCAAGAAUACGAGAAAAAACACCAAUUGGGCCUUUUCCGUAUUUAUGGAGUGGAGAAAAGCGAGAAUGGCGACUAAAGGAACAGUCAUUCCUGAACUCGCUCUUUUUGAUACCGAAAACAUCAACUCAUUACUGGGUAAAUUUGUAAUUGAAGCACGGAAAAAGGAUGGAUCACCCUACCCCCCUCGUUCUUUAUACAUGAUUACUGUUGGCCUACUCCGUUACAUGCGUGAAAAUGGAAACCAUCGCAAUUUUUUGGACGAAAAAAACUCUGACUUUUACGAAUUUCGUAAACAAUUGAGUGCACGAAUGGCACAACUGACGACCGAGGAUGUUGGAUCACAUGUAAAACAGGCAGAGCCAAUUAGCAUUGAAACAGAAAACAAGUUGUGGGAGUUGGGUCUACUAGGCAUCCAGACAGCAAAGGCUAUAGUUAACACCGUAUUCUUCUAUAAUUGUAAGUUAUUUGGACUGCGUGCGGUGGACGAACACAGGCAACUCUCGGUGGAUCAGUUUGAGCUGGGGACUGACCAGGAGGGAAAGUUUAUCAAAUUUUCCGGGAGAGCCAACAAGACUUAUAAAGGAGGCUUAAAUCAGCGACAUAUUACAGCCAAGGAAUUGAAACACCACUUUGCAAAAGAAUCUUUUUAUGAGAUCUAUAAAGUUUACAUCCAGUGCGUCAAAGAAAAAGGUCCAGAACGUUUUUAUUUACGACCACUAGAAAACGGAGAGAAUGGAAGUGUACGAUUCAGUUCCCAACCAAUCAGAGUUAACAAACUGUCUAGCCUUUUAAAAAGCAUGUGCACAGAAGCUAACAUUCCAGGUUUCUUCACAAACCAUUCAGGUAAGCGUACAUGCGCUACAUCCCUGUACCAAGCGGGAAUUCCGGAGCAAGAAAUAAUGAGAAGGACUGGACAUAGAUCAGUAGAGAGUAUACGAAAGUACAAAAGACCCUCCUCGGAAAUGCUACACGAAGUGUCGGGUGCUUUAGAAGCUGGAAUCCCAUCGGCGUCGGGGGAUGAGGUUGAGGAAACGCCUAACAAAAAGAUUGAAAGUGAGGCAAAGGAGCAUGAGCAGAAGUUGGAGUUGAAUUUUUCCUGCACUAUUAAUUUAAAAAUAUUUAGUUUGGUAGUUGUUGCUUUUUUCCUAACAUUGAGGGCGGAGUUUGAAAAAGUGUGGGGUAUGUACAGAUAA